CAGCACUUUUAUUGCAUAAUAAAGAAUAGAAAAUAAAAAAGACAAUCCCAACGGCCAACCAGAACGACGCACAAUUCUCCUUCCAAAUCUUGUCUCUUCCUCAUUCUGCCGUCCGCUGAACCAUAAUAUGAGAGAGAAAAAAAAAGCCUCUAGUCUACUACCGCAUUUCAUCAGUCUCACUUUCUCAGAGUUCAAAAUUUGCGUGACCUCUGAUUCUCUACAUCUUCUCUUUGAUCAGCCAUGUCCAUCUCCUCCAUCGCAGCAUUCGGUUCGGGCCUCGCCCUACUUCGCCGCGCCGGAAAUGAUGUUCCCGAGGACUUGUUCGCGCGUUUCCCGAACUUGUUGAGAUCUGACUCUGAAUUAAGAGCUGCUUGUUUUACGAUUGCGAGGACGCGGUUCCGUAGUGGUGUUAGUGUUAUUGGAGUUCCACGCGCCGUCGCGGAGGCGGCGGUGGUUGAGCCAGACGGGGAAAGGAAAGAGAAAGGUGGAAUUCUGCGAGUUGGAGUCGUCUGCGGAGGUCCUUCCGCAGAGCGAGGGAUUUCUCUUAACUCAGCGAGAUCAGUUAUUGAUCACAUACAGGGUGAUGAUUUGCACGUCAGUUGCUACUACAUUGAUUGUGAUUAUAAUGCGUAUGCAAUAUCAUCUGCUCAGGUAUACUCAAACACUCCAUCAGAUUUUGACUUUAAACUUGAAAGCCUUGCCCAAGGUUUCCAGUCUUUGUCUGAUUUUGCUGAACAUCUAGCUGCCUCAGUGGACAUAGUAUUCCCUGUUAUACACGGUCAAUUUGGUGAAGAUGGUGGGAUUCAGGAGUUGCUGGAAAAAUAUAAUGUUCCUUUUGUUGGCACAGGUUCGACUGAGUGUCGUCAGGCAUUUGAUAAAUACAAUGCCUCAUUGGAACUCAGCAGACAAGGCUUUGUCACAGUACCUAGUUAUUUAGUGCAGAACGGUGAAGCAAAUGAAUAUGAACUGUCAGAGUGGUUUGCAAGAAAUCAGCUGGACGCUAAUUCAGGGAAAGUUGUGGUAAAACCAGCACGAGCAGGUUCAAGCCUUGGUGUUAAAGUUGCAUAUGGUGUGGAUGAUUCUCUUAAGAAGGCUGAGGCAAUUAUAUCAGAGGGAAUUGACAAUAAAGUCCUAAUUGAAGUAUUUCUUGAAGGGGGGAGUGAAUUUACAGCAAUUGUUCUUGAUGUUGGGUCUGGUUUAGAUUGCCAACCUGUUGUACUUCUGCCAACUGAGGUGGAGCUUCAAUUCCACGGUAAAGUUGAUGUGAGAGAGAAGGAUGCAAUUUUCAACUAUAGGAGGAAGUAUCUCCCAACACAGCAGGUUGCUUAUCAUACGCCACCCCGUUUUCCUAUUGAUGUUAUUGAAACUAUUAGAGAGGGAGCAUCACUAUUGUUCCAGCGACUAGGUUUACGUGAUUUUGCACGAAUUGAUGGGUGGUUUUUGCCUAAUUCUGUUAGCGUAUCAUCAUUUUCAGAAAGUAAUUUUGGGAAGACUAAAUUCGGUACAAUAGUAUUUACUGACAUAAACUUGAUUAGUGGAAUGGAGCAGACCAGCUUUUUAUUUCAACAAGCUUCCAAGGUUGGGUUUUCCCAUUCCAACAUUCUUCGGAGCAUCAUUUACCGUGCCUGCUCACGGUUUCUUGAGUUUGCAUCAUUCAAAAGUGUAUCUCAUUUUUUUCCUAGAAGAACAAAACCAUCCCUGCUUAGUGAGGCACUUCCAAAACGUGAAGGUGUUCGCAAAGUUUUAGUCAUUUUUGGAGGAGACACAUCAGAGCGGCAAGUAUCUCUUAUGAGUGGUACAAAUGUUUGGCUCAAUUUGCAAGCUUUUGAUGAUCUUGAAGUGAUUCCGUGUUUGCUUGCUCCUACUUCUGGAUAUUCAGUUAUUAUAGAUUCAAACGAAAAGGAAGUUGAAGUAAGCUCCAGGACAGUUUGGUCACUUCCCUAUUCUCUUAUUCUAAGACACACAACAGAGGAAGUUCUUGCUGCAUGCAUAGAAGCCAUUGAACCAGCCCGGGCUGCAUUGACAUCUCACUUACGUAACAAAGUGAUGAAAGAUCUUAUGGAAGGUCUGAAGGCUCAUAGCUGGUUUAAAGGGUUUGAUAUUAGUGAUGAACUUCCAAUGACAUUUUCUUUGGAGCAAUGGAUCAAACAUGCCAAGCAAAUUCAGGCUACAGUGUUUAUUGCAGUGCAUGGAGGCAUUGGUGAAGAUGGUAGGCUUCAAUCAUUGCUGGAGGAUGAGGGGGUUCCUUAUACAGGUCCAGGAGUGAUGGCUUCAAAGACUUGUAUGGACAAAGUUGCAACAUCUCUUGCUCUUAGCCAUCUUGCAAAGUCUGGAGUUCUUACCAUAAAUAAAGAAGUGAGAAAAAAGGAGGAUCUCCUGAGAACCCGUACGCUCGAAAUGUGGCAUGAUUUGACCGCAAAGCUUCAGUGCAAAACACUGUGUGUUAAACCAGCAAGAGAUGGAUGUUCAACAGGGGUUGCAAGGUUAUGCUGUGCAGAAGACCUGUCAGUGUAUGUUGAUGUAUUGAGGGACAGUCUUCUAAGGAUUCCUCCAAAUAGUUUGUCAAAGGCUCAUGGGAUGAUUGAGAUGCCAAAUCCUACUCCGGAACUCUUGAUCUUUGAACCUUUUAUUGAGACUGAUGAGAUAAUUGUAUCAUCUAAAUCUACUGAUGAUUAUCCGCAUCGGCUCAAGUGGAAAGGACAGAGUAGAUGGGUGGAAGUAACUGUUGGUGUUAUAGGAAAUUGUGGAUCUAUGCGCUCUUUGAGUCCUAGUAUCACUGUUAAGGAAAGUGGUGAUAUUUUAUCACUUGAGGAGAAAUUUCAAGGUGGAACUGGCAUCAAUCUGACUCCACCUCCAUUAUCCAUUAUCAGCAAUGAGGCAUUAACGAGAUGUAAACAGCGUAUCGAACUAAUUGCAAGCACACUGCAACUAGAAGGAUUUUCACGAAUUGAUGCAUUUGUAAAUGCAGACAGCGGAGAGGUAUUGAUUAUAGAAGUCAAUACUGUUCCUGGGAUGACACCUUCUACUGUUCUGAUUCAUCAGGCAUUAUCGGAGGAACCCCCAAUGUAUCCUCACCAAUUCUUUCGUACACUACUUGAUCUGGGUUCAGAGAGGUCCCUGUAAACGUACCACCAUUAAUUCUUCAGGAUGUUUUUAUGAUAAGUCUAUCUUCAAAAUUUCAUCCAGCAUUGUACUUUUUAAGCAGAUAUAAUGUAUUCUUCUGAAUUCGUCAGUUACCUUUUUCUUUUUGGUUAUUCAUUCUCAAUGUUACGUAUAUAUAGUUUGGCAAAAGUUUUUUUUU